CAAUGAGCGCGUGGGAACAAUGGGGCGGCAAGAAGCCCGCGAGUGGCGGGCUACAGGGCGCUCAAGACGCUUUUAACAGUCUCUUACGCUCAUCUCCACUGUCCACGGCGUCUACUGCCAGCACCGACAGCGAGGGGGGCAUUGCCAGCUUCUCGCUUCAGAAAAUGUGGGACUCGGCGCGAGAUCUGACCAAGAACGCGGUAACCACCUCCAAUAGCGCGGUGACCAAGGACGCAGUCGACGUCUUGGAAAGCGGACAGAUGGAUGACAGAGUGGACGAUGUGACGGCCGCCAAGUGGCCACUAUGGAGGAAGAACUCGAGCAGCCAGGGUGGUCUUAUCCCCACAAUGAGCUGGAAUACGAGGUUCAAGUACUUUGUGGGCAUGGCCAUGCUGGGUAUGCUGUUCUUCGGCAUGGCUUCCAUCUUCCUGCCACUGAUCAUGGUUCGGCCGUCCAAGUUCGCCCUGAGCUUUACACUUGGCAGCAUGUGCUGUAUGGGUGCAUUUGCCAUGCUCAAGGGCCCGGCUGCCUACAUUUCAGGUCUGCUGCAGCCGAAUCGACUCCUGCUGACUAGCGCAUACUUCGUGACACUUGGCUGCACGCUGUACAGCUGUCUCAUUCUGGGGAACUACGUGUUCGUGGUGCUGAGCUCCGUGAUGCAGUUGAUGACGCUCGGAUCCUUCGCGCUGUCGGCAUUUCCUGGUGGCAACUCUAGUUUGAAAGCUUUCGGUGCGCUGUUCGUGAAAUCGGCUCGUGGCAUGCUCCAAGCGCUCGCUCGUCUCUUUCGGUAAAUGGUGUAUAGCAGACAUCUCGCGGCCACAGAAAUUGGGUCAUCUGGUUGGCAAGGGAAUAUUUUUUUAUAACAGCAGACUCGAUCCACCAAUAGUUUUUUACUUCAAGUGCAAAGUAUAAUACUACAGUUCUCCACGAA